AUUUAUUUAACGCGGGAUAAAUACUAAUCAAGAAUGAGUUGGAAUAAACGAAAUACUAGUCAUAUAUCAAUUUACAAUUACCCAGAACAUUUAAAUCCUUUCUACGAAGAUGAUAACCACAAACGCCUUCGAUUUUUUGGGUUUAGCAAAAAGAAGAACGAAAAUGGCAGGCACAGUUUGUCUAUUGGAAAUUUGCAAGAAUUGUGGAAAUCGUAUUCCUUUCGUAAAAAGAAGUCCUCAACAUUAGGGAUAAAUAAAACAUCAGAGAGCCCGCCAACUCUUAGACGAGAUUUAAAUGAUAAUUCAUAUUUAAAUUCUAGGAUUUUCCGAGGUGACCGUCACACAUCCCUGCAAAAUAUAGAUUCUCGAAGAGAGUCUGAUUCAAUCUCCAAUGGGAUAUUCUUCAAUCGCAAUGAUCGGUACCGAAGCACAACGCAGUUUUCUGGAUAUUCCUCGCCAAAUCAAAAUAUAAGGUCAUCACAAACUAGUCUAGCAAGCUCAAAUCCUUUCGAGUCACAACCUGAUUCAUGUCCUAGCUCUCCAAUGAGUAGUAGAAGAUAUCGUAAGAAAAGGCGAGCUCCGCCGCCGCCAAAACUAGUGGUCCAGGAUUACCUAGCUACCAAAGACAUCGAGUCUCUUGCCUCUGAAAUUGACGAGUUUGUUAACAAUAGAAAAGAAUCUUUAAUAAAACAAGAAUUUGGAGAGGAAGUCCCGAAAUCAAGUCAACCAAAAAUUUCGGUUACUGCACCGAUCUCUGAUAUUGAACCCAGCCAUCCCAGCACGUCCAAAGCACCACCAAGCAUAGAUGUAAAGCAAUCUAAAGGAAUAAGCACGAUCAUUGAAAAUGAAAAUGUCACAAUUCUUAACUCUGAUACAAAAAUUAAUACCCGCACUUCCCCGACACCACAAUGCAUUGACACAGUUCACAUAAAGCAAUCCAAUGCACCCGAAAUACCAAACACAUCUUUUGAUGAACCAAAAGACACUUUACCUAAUACUGCUAGCCCACUUAAAGCCUGUACGCCCAAAACUCCCGAGUGCAUUGCCAGCGUACACAUAAAGCAAUCCUCUGAAAAUGUAGUAGUACGUUCCGAAGAAAAACCAAAUAAUAGUUUUUGCGAUCAACUCGAUGAAACUAAAUUGAAGAAAAAGCCAAACGGUUUCGUACCAGUUAUUAUCAAAGAAGAGUCUGUGGUUAUUAACGGCGAUUCAAAGAAGUCAGAACCUCCAGUUUACACGGAAAUCGUUAAACAAUCUGAAAUAUUAAUUGACUCUGGAAACACUGUUAUUCCUAGCACGUCCAAAAGAAAUCUGUCUAUUGCUAACGAUAGUCUAAAACUGUCCAAUGAAUCUGAAAAUUUAAAGGAUGAUCUUGAGCCAAGUGAUAGCACCAAUGUAGAAGAUAGAAAAACCAACUCAUUUGGCACGGUCAAACAGAUUUCACAGAUAUUCGAAGAGAACAUUAGUUCUAGUGGCAGUAGUAAUCUUCCCAAGAAAAAUACAGAAGUCCUUAAUCUAAAUGGUGCGAUAUCGAAGAAUGUAGUAGUAGUAACUGAAACUAGCGAUGUCUUACAAAUAAGAGAAGAUUUUGAAUUGGCAAAUGAUUUAAGAUUUAGUGAAAGGCAAAGUAACGAUCGCUUCAGAUCCUCACUUUCAGCGGAAAGGGAAUCAAACUCAACACCAACACCGCGGAUGAGAAAGAAGAAGUCUAUUAAGGAAGUGCUAGAGUCUAUAAGCAGAAAUCAGAAGAUUUUAAAUGAGAGUGCAGCCAAGGGCACAAAAGUUUAUUUAACACCCUCCUAUGCUGAAAACAAAUACAACUAUCCCAAUGAGUUAAAUAACGUAAAUAAUAGAUCUUCCAAGGAAGUGACGUCUACCAAUAUAUCUGUUAGUACAUCGGAUACCAAUGAAUUACCGUCCCAAAAUUUGUUCAUAAACAAGAUAAGCAAAUUCAAGGGCCAAUUCAGGGAGUCGUCUCCCACUUCAUCAAACUUAGAUUGGAACCCAUUGCCAAAACCAAGUCGAUCACAUAAUUCAGCUAGUUCUAGUUUCAACAACGGCUCGUGUUAAUGAG